AUGGCUCCCUCUCGAGGUCUUCAGCCGAUCGCACGAAAUCUCCAUGUAUCUCUUUCCGGUCAUAAAGGCCCCGUCCACGUUGCCCGAUAUGCGAAGGGUACUGCAAAGUACAUAUUGACUGGCGGGCAGGAUCGUACUGUACGUUUAUUCAAUGCUAGCCUUGGAACUGAAAUCAAGGCUUUCACCGCUCAUGGAUACGAGGUCCUCUCGAUAACAGUUGCACACGAUAAUGCUAAGUUCGCAUCCUCUGGAGGUGACCGCUCUGUCUUUGUAUGGGACGUUGCUACUGGCACAACUACUCGUCGACUCGCUGGCCAUAUGGGCAAGAUACAUGCAGUCGAAUUCAACGAGGAUGCGAGUGUCGUCGCCUCAGGUUCCUAUGACUCGACCGUAAGACUGUGGGACUUACGGGCACAGUCAAGGCAGGCAAUACAAGUGUUAGAAGAAGCUCGAGACGCGGUUCAAACUAUCCACAUCGACUCCACCAUGAUCACAACCGGCUCCGUCGAUGGCCAUGUACGCACGUAUGAUAUUCGAAAAGGAGAGCUGCGAUCAGACUAUAUUGGCAGCCCUAUAGCUGCAGUUGUUCCAACUCAGGAUUCUCAGACUAUGCUCGUUACUUCGCUGGAUUCUCACAUCCGGUUGAUGGACAUGACGAAUGGCAACAUGUUGAAUGACUUUACAGGCCAUGUAAACAUGUCCUACCGGUGUCGUGGAUGUUUCGGACAUGGGGAGGCAUCCGUGGUAUGCGGUGAUGAAAAGGGUAUGGUUUGGGCAUGGGAUUUACUGGAUGCCAAAGCCUUAGAGCCCAAUCCUCCGCCCAAGGUGCAUCAAAAGGUUAUAACUUGGACCGAACAUCAUCCUUCGGAUCCCAAUGAAAUGGUUACAGCGAGUGCGGAUGGGACAUGCAAAGUGUGGCGUUCGCCAUCCUCCGAGUGA